ACGAAUAAACGACCGCAAGAUGUUGCACCCGUGGAAACGGCAUCUGCAUGCCCUUGCUGGUCAUGAAGUUCACACGGGAAUGCCACCUUCGAUACGAUCGAUCGCCUAUAAACGUGGGAUCAACCCUAUUUUAGUUAUUUAACUAACUAAAAGUCUAAAAUGCUGUCGAAGGCUUUCCUAGUCCUCUCCGUGCUCUUGCUCAUGUUGUUUGGCUGCAGCGCCUCCGCACUGGUGUCUUCCGCCUCCGCUUCCGCCUCCGCCUCCGCCUCCGCCCCCUCUCCCGCUCCAAAUGAUACGGAUUGCGGCAAGAAGUUCAAGUGUGUGAAGGGCCGACCGCAUUCCGUGGACUCCAAUCCUGAUGGCCAUUCCUUCGGGAACCUGCCUGGUCCAUCCCCUGUUCGACAAAGUCAAUUUGCAAACGUCUACGCCCGAGAUCCUGUCCGGGGCUAUCCAGGUUCUUCUCCCUACAUCAGAUCAUGACUUGUAAUACUCCAAGCUAAGGAUUCAUUUGGAAUUGCACGAAGAUUAUAGCAUAUAUAAAAAAGAAAGGACAAUGAAGAUUUUUUUUUUUCGUACCUAAUAUUAGGUUAUGCAUGUCGUAAUGCAUCGGUUACGAUGUAUGUUCUAUAGUUCUGUUGUAAAAUAAAGAAUUAUAUUUAUAUAUAUUUUUAUUCUAACUCCA